AUGGCCAAGAGAAGAGUCAAGAAGAGAACCCAUGCUGGUGCGAAGCCUCCGGCCGCUGGUAUGCCCGGCCAUCACAGCGCCGCCGCCUUGGCCAGUGAGACAAGGGCUCCCAAGAGCAUGGUUAUCCGUAUCAACGCUGGAGAGGUCGGCCCAAGCAUUUCGCAGCUUGUCAGAGAUACUCGUUUGAUGAUGGAGCCUGGCACUGCAAGUCGCCUGAAGGAACGCAAGUCAAACAAGCUGCGCGACUUCAUCACAAUGGCUGGUCCUCUUGGUGUCUCGCAUCUCAUGCUUUUCUCUCGCUCCGACGCUGGAAACACGAAUCUGCGCCUCUGCACUACCCCCAGAGGUCCUACCCUACACUUUCGUGUCGAGAAAUACUCGCUCUGCAAGGAUGUCCAGAAAAGCAUGCGCCGUCCCAAAGGCCAGAACGGUGCCGAAUACCUGACCUCGCCUCUCCUCGUCAUGAACAACUUCAUGCAAUCCGAUAAGCAACAAGAUGCCGCCAAAGACACAAAGUCCGAAUCGAACCCUAUCCCCAAGAACCUCGAAUCCCUGACGACGACAAUCUUCCAAUCGCUUUUCGCUCCCAUUUCUCCUCACACCACAUCCCUCAAGACCAUCAAGCGUGUCAUGCUGCUCGACCGCAAGCCCAGCAACGAUCCCAACGACCCUCACGCCUUUGUCCUACAACUUCGUCACUACGCCAUCAACGCUGUCACUCCUAAGUCCGCACUACCGAAAGCCCUGCGCAAACUCGAGCAGGCCGAUCACCUCAAGCGCGGCGAUAGCUCUCGUCUACCCAACCUUGGAUCCCUGGACGAUGUCGCCGACUACCUUCUGGAUCCUACCGCUUCCGGCUUCACCACUGCCUCGGACACAGAGGCUGACACUGACGCCGAGAUCGAAGUUCUGGCCGUCGAGAACCGCAAGGCCAUGUCCAAAGACGAGCGUCAACGCAUCCGUGACGCACAGCGCGCAAAGGUGACUGGAGCCAACGCCGAAGGUGUCAACCCCGAAGGUGCCGCACGCCCCACGCCCCAACCUCGCAAGUCAAAGACACAGAAGAAGGCCAUCAAACUGCAAGAGCUGGGUCCUCGCAUGACUCUCCGUCUGACAAAGGUCGAGGAGGGACUUUGUGGCGGCAAGAUCUUGUGGCACGAAUACAUCAGCAAGAGCAAGGAGGAACAGAAGCAACAAGACAAGGCAUGGGAGGUCAAAAACAAGGAAAAGGCCGAGAGAAGACGCAUCCAGAAGGAGAACGUCGAGAGAAAGAAGAAGGAGAAGAAGGCCAAGGGCGAAGAGGUCGACGACGAGGACGACGAAAUGCUCGACGACGAGGACUUCGACGACGAUGUCUGGCACGAGGAUGCUGAUGCUGGUGCAGACGAUGACGAUGAAGAUGAGGAGGAAGAGUCAGAAGAUGAUGAGGACGAGGACAUGGAGUAG